AUUUGAUAACCAGCAUGUCCGAACAGAUCGCUGCAUCUUGUCCAAAUAAUUUGGAAGGUACGGCUGCCCAGUUGUUCCUUCUUCUGGUCAAUCAUCUGGUCCAGGCCAAGUGCUCUUUAGGCUCGCCUGAACAGUACCCACCAGAUCAUGGACCGAACCUGAAAGACCUUGACGAAUUCGACUUCAUAGUAGUGGGAGGUGGUUCCGCAGGUUCGGUAGUGGCUAACCAACUGUCUUCGAAUGGAAAGUGGACGGUGCUGGUUCUUGAAGCAGGUGGAUAUCCAUCUGCCACAAGUGAUGUUCCAAUAUUAUAUGGUGAACUGGCCAACACACACGAAGACUGGCAAUACGAAACAGAACCAAGUGAAGGAGUCUUCUUGGGAGAAGAGAAUGGGAGAAACAAGUGGCCCAGAGGAAAGGCGUUGGGAGGUUCCAGCAGCAUAAACUAUAUGCUGUACACGAGGGGCAACAAGAAUGAUUACGACCGUUGGGCCCACCAGGGUAAUACUGGAUGGGACUGGAGCAAUGUCGAGAGGAGUUUCGAGGAAAUGGAGAAUUUGAUGGACGACAGUGGACAAAAGAAAUUGCUGAGCUUGCAUUCUUAUGAAUCAGGGGAACCUGUAGUAAAUAUUGUGAAAGAAGCAGCUUGGGAGCUUGGAUAUCCAACAGUCGAAGGCGAGAAUUCUAACGACCCCCUGGGAUAUUUCAAUGCACCUCUCACAGUGGAAAACGGUACCAGAUUGAAUGCAGCCAAAGCGUUCCUUGGAAAAGUUAAAAACAGAAAAAAUCUGUUCGUUGCAGUGCACGCAUUCGUUCCUAAAGUAGUGAUAGAUCAUGAUUCAAAAACAGCAACUGGCGUUGAAGUUAAACUCGGGAAACAAACUUUAAUUAUCAAAGCAAGAAAAGAGGUGAUAGUUUCAGGCGGAGCUGUAAACUCUCCGCAACUCCUGAUGCUAUCCGGAAUAGGUCCUAAAGAUCACCUGCAACAUUUUGGUAUACGAGUAGUAGAAAAUUUACCUGUUGGUGAUAACUUGCAGGACCAUCCUGCUUUCAAAGGUUUCCAUAUGAAGUAUAGUCCUGAUCUUGCAAACAGCUACACAGAACAAGACAUUUUGCAUGACGCUUUCGAAUACUUUGUCCACAAACAAGGAAAGUUCGCGGAAGUAUCCAUGAUGAAUCAGAUCGGGUUCAUCAAUACGAAAAAUAGUUCUGCAUAUCCGAAUUUAGAAAUCCUCAGUUUCUUGAGUAACCCUGAGAACAACUAUGCACCGUUUAAGACGUUGAGGAAAAUUGUUUGCGCUUCUUUCUUCGACAGCCUCGUUGAAUAUGGAUCCGGGAGUCCCGUGUUGAGCACUUUUGUAAUUCUUCUCAAACCGAAAUCACGAGGACGAAUAUUGCUUAAGUCUAGAAAUCCAUUUGACAAGCCUCUAAUCCACGCUGGUUAUUUUACUGACGAGAAUGAUGAAGACAUGGAAUUCAUGCUGGAAGGUGUGAGGUAUCUGGAGAAGGUGACUAGAACACAAGCUUUCACGAAAUAUAAUCCAGAAAUAUUCAGAUCAAACUUUUGUCAAAAUUUCGAUUAUGGAUCCGAUGACUAUUGGAAAUGCAGUAUCAGACAUCUUGUUGCAACUUUAUUCCAUCCUGCUGGAACUUGCAAGAUGGGUCCAGUUAGCGACGAAACUUCAGUAGUGGAUCCAAGAUUGAGGGUGAAGGGGGUAAAUAACUUAAGGGUAGCAGAUGCCAGUAUUAUGCCUGAGAUAGUUAGUAAUCACCCGAAUGCAGCGAGUAUGAUGAUCGGUUACAAAGCUGGGCAAAUGAUUAUUGAUGAUUGGUCGAAACAAAAAGAACACAAUGAAUUGUGAAAUUCACAAUGAUCUUGGAUGGAAUAUUAUUUUUAGGUACUUGGUAACUGAUAUUUUUUUUAGAAAAAUGUUAUGUGAAACUGGUGGAUUUUGUAACAAAUUUUGUAUACUAAACGCAAAU